AUGGAGGACAACCGGACUUCAGAAGGUACGGACUUUGAGCCCUCCUUUGAGUCCAAACAACCUUUUCCGCCCUUAUUGGACGAUCUUGUUUCGCCCACGGAUACACAAGAAGCCUUUCCUGAGGAUGAAAGCAUCACCUCCCCCGGCUACGACGAGAUCGAGGAUCUGAAGAAUCUGAAAACGAGAUUGGGCGCGAUCAUCCGUUCCGGCAAUCCUCCAGCUCCCUUCACGGGCCCAAUGCCUUUGCACCCCCCUUUUUACAAUCGGCCACCCACGCCUCUGCCGCCCUCUCCUUCCCUGACGUCUCUGCUACGGCCACCUUUCUCUACCACAACUUCACGUCCUACAACACCAGACAGCUCUGAUGUGGAGACUCCGAACGAUACGGAGGCGGCCGUAGCCAAGUCUGCCCGUCGCGCAACUACUGUGCCCCGCGCUAGCCCCAAAGUCCCGACAUACGAAUACUAUGGAUUUGUGUUAUAUUUGGCCUCAUCACUUGCCUUCUUAUUCUACUUGUUAUGGUCAUAUCUCCCGUCACCUUUCCUUCACCAACUUGGAAUCUAUUACUACCCUAAUCGUUGGUGGGCUCUGGCCAUCCCGUCCUGGUUGGUGAUAUCCAUCGUGUAUAUCUACGUUGCGCUCGCCUCAUACAAUACCGGAUAUCUCACAUUGCCCAUGAACAGUAUUGAAAAUAUUGUCGAUGAAGUUGCCAAUGUCGCAGUCAUUGACGGAAAGGCGCGACGACGACCAGGCGGAGCGACGAAGAUGAAGCCGGGUGCCACAUCUUUCCAGAUAAUGGGUCCGCAAAACCGCAAGGUCAAUUGGUGGGAGAUCUGGAGUGAAGGUACAGAUGCAGUCAUGGACAUUCCGGUUGGUGGCACGUGUCUUGCCGCCUGGGAGUCGUAUCAAGGUUCUAAUUUCGCGGAUCCCCUCACUGUGUCCCUGUAUCUCACGUUAGUCUGUGGCGACCUGAUUUUGGACAAGAUGUCGGCUGAACGACCUUCAACACCACCGCGGCAAAACGCUGCUGGGCCCGGGCAACUCCCUCGCGGCCCCAUCACUCCCGAGCAGCAGCGGAAGAUUGAAGAGAAUCGCAUGAAAGCCAAAGCUCUGCGAGAGCAGCGAGAAGCCGAGCGCUCCAAAGGCUCGUCCUCCGCCACUACAGGAUCUCAAACUUUACAACCCACCCAAGGAGUCAAACGCUCGUUCAACUCGAUGAUUGCGUCUAACCCUGCAUCGAUGCGCGAUGCGCGCUCAAAUGUCCCCUCGGCUAAUCGUCCACUCGAUACGAUAAAACCCGCCCGCAAUUUCACUUCCUCAUACGUUGACUUUGAUUUCAGUAAGAUGACGGACACAAAGGGCGGGUUCUUGACCCAUGAGGACGAUCCUUUCAAUAAGGCGCUUCAUGUCCCUGACGGAAAGGAACAAAAGCCGGCACAUAUGACACAGAAAGAAUGGGAACGUCACCAACUACUACAGUCGCUAAAGCGAAACCGUGAAGGACCCUUUGAGCCCGGCUUAAGUGUUCUGGAUGACAGGAGCAAGCAAAAAGUAUGUCGCGAAUGUGGUAGUCUGGAAAUUGACUGGAAAUGGGAAGAAGAGCUCCGGUGUCGUAUCUGUCAUGCAUGCAAAGACAAAUACCCAGAGAAGUACAGUCUCCUCACCAAAACCGAGGCGAAAGAAGACUACCUUCUGACUGAUCCCGAAUUACGAGACGAAGAGCUCCUUCCCCAUCUCGAAAAGCCCAAUCCGCACAAAUCAACCUGGAAUAACAUGAUGCUUUAUCUUCGGUAUCAAGUCGAAGAAUAUGCACUCUCCGAUAAGAAAUGGGGCUCUGCUGAGGCUCUGGAUGCCGAGUUCGAACGGCGCGAAACUGAUAAGAAAAAACGACGUGAAGCAAAGUUCAAGACCAAGCUACAAGACCUUAAGAAACGCACCCGUGUUGAAGCUUACCGUCGCAAUCGACAAGGGGCUUCUGGCGGAGAGUUUGGAGAUGAUCUCAGUAGUAACCGCAAACAUGUGCAUGAAUGGGGUCGGCCUGUAGAGAACCCCGAGACGGGCAUUCCGGUUAAGACGUGCGUGGAUUGUGGCAUGGAGGUCGAAGAAUUGGAGUUUUGA